AUGGGAAGUAUUAACGCACUGGGGGAUGGAAAGAAAUACGAAGAACGGGCGAUAGAAAUAGAAUGGGAGAGGAAUAAAUUGUAUAUUCAUUUGGCGGCGAGAAAUAAUCCGGGGACGUUUCAUUGGAGUCUGUAUUUGACGGAGGAGCAACCGGAGAGGGGAUGGGUGUAUCAUGUUUUUGACCCGGUGCCGGAUAGGUGGGUUUUGGAGAUGCUGGGGGGAGAUGCUGGGGAGGAAAGGGUGAUGGAGAAGGGGGAUAGAGAUGGUGGUUGGGGUGGAGAUAGUAGUGAGGACUCUGAAUCACCAGGCCAGGAGUCCGGGGAAGAUGGCGACCAGCACAUAAUUGCGCCUGAAGGGGAAAGCAACGAAGGACGUGAGGAUGUGAAAGAAAUCAAGAAGAAGUAUGAAGAGAAACGAAAGCGAGAGUCGGGAGAUACAGGGCAUCGCAGCGAUGGAAUAAGCGAUGAAGAUGAGCGGUUGGAAAGUGAUAAGAGUGUGAAAGAAAAAGAAGAGGAGAGGAAACAUAAGAGGAAUAAGACGGACAAUGAGGAAAAUCAAGAAAGGGAUCACGGCUCAUAUGAUCUAGAGGAUCCUCGCAACAGCAAGAACCACGAUACAAAAGACAACAACCACACAUUCCUCACGUCAUCCUCUCUCCUCGCCGCCAUUGAAAUCGGAACCGACAUCCAAGACAUGCGAUCGAUCAUCGAAGAAACGAUAUCCACCGAAUGGGAGACGGGGAGGAAGAAGAUUGCAAAAGGGGAGAAAAUCUGUCGAGAGUUUUUGUUGAAAUGUGUUGAGGAGCUGGAAUCGGUGGGAGUGUUGAGUUUUAGGGAGGGGAAGGGGAUUGUGGAUGUAGAGAGAGAAGCGGAGGAGUUUGGGUUGUUGAGUGAUCCGGCUUUGAAUGUGGCGGCGAGGAGGGGGAGAGUGUGGAAGAGUAGGGUUGUGGAGUGA